AUGAACAAUCGUCCCGUCGAACAGGCGCUGGCGACUCUGCUGCCGACCCACGCGAACGAACUCCCACCCGAACUGGUGACUCUCGCACAAUCCCUCAUCGCGCAAUCCCGCAGCUACGCAAGCAGCUUGAAACCGGAGGAGGAAAUCGCCAGGCCUUUUGCAUGCGCUGAAAUAGCUUGUCGACGGUUGUCUCGACUUCUCAAGCUCCCCCCUCUUCUCGGCCGUCCACCAUGUCCGCCGCGAGUGUACAAGAAACUCUACACGUUUCUAGACAAUUCAAUUGGUACAAAUAAAGCAAACCCAAAGAAAGAAGGUACAGCCAAAGGACUUAAUCGCACGCCGUCCAAGUCUACGCCGCGAAGAAACACCCCCCUAAAAGACACGCCAUCGAGAACAGCCUCGGUGAAGCGUGCACGCUUCAUGCACAAUCCUACCCAGAGUUCACAGAAUAUCAACGAUGCUCCGGAAUGGGUCAUGCCUUCGAUUCGCACCGUGUGCAAGACACUGUCUACCCCUGCUCCUCGAAUGAGCUUGUGGUCGCGUCCGCCGAUCUCAAGAUCACUGCCUCCGCAUAUCUUCGCUGGCGUCUCAUCUAUUCUCCACUUUAUUACCGCGAUGCCAGACAAGGAGUUUGAUAAACUAGACGAGGAUGCCUCUGAGUUCCUAGAAAUCUUCCGUACACCCAGCAACAAAAGCACAGACGACUACAAAGAACUAGUCAACGCUCUGAUAGUGGCUAUCUACUUCCUGGUUCUUGCUCGGCGUCGUAGCCCCGGUCCGGGCGCAGAAAACAAUGGCUCAGCAAACCCUGGAAGGGAGGAAGAAUCCCGCAAAAUGGACAAAAAGACAUUCUCGGAAAUGCGGCAAACCGCUUUGUCAAGCCUAGGACUGUCGCCGACGGAAAAGCGUCAUGGCGAGGACGUCGAUGCGUGGAUUGCCGUGGUCAUGGGCCAGAAAUGGGCCAAGAGUCAAGAAUGGUUUGAAAACAUCCCGCUGGCGGGGGAACGCGACGAGGAAUUUGUGGAUGGCCAUGUCCUUGAAGAUGAAGACAACACCGACCUCACCAACGCCAAACGUCGGAAGACGAAAUUGUUGGUGCAGACUGGGAACAGAGAAGGGCUGCUUUUGCCUGGUCUUGGAACUAUGAUGCAGGAUCGAGUGGAUUAUUUGAGUGAGGACCGGAGAGAGGAUUAUGCAGAGUGGAAGACAGAAAUCAUGAAAAGGAUUGCCAGCAUGGAAAAAUCCGCGAGCAGCGACGUAAGUGGGAAAAAGAGAGCUGCCGUUGCUGUUGCUUGA